AUGCCCCAAAAAGAGUACUGCCCUAAGGGCUACCAGCAGACACAGUCGCAAGACUCGAGUCCCUCUGUGUUCCUUCAUCAUGAAGCAAACAAGCGAUCCAGUGACUUUUCUUUUGAAGCUGUCCGCGAGAACCUCUUCCGCGUCACCUUCACGUCGCCAACCCAUCCCCUUCCUCCCUACCCCAGCGUCACCAAGCCAGAAACCAGCUUGAGCGGCGUCGAUAUAUCGAUAAACAGCGGCACGUCCCAGAAGGAAAUCGAGGUCGGAAACGUCAAAGCCGCCGUCAACUGGGAGAACACCCCCGUGGUGUCGCUGUCAUGGAAGGGCGAGGACAAGCCUCUAUACAAGGACCUGCCCCUGCGCUCCUAUGUCACAGACGGAGACGGCAUCGCACACUACACAGAGCACGACCGCAAGGCCCUGCACGUUGGACUCGGCGAGAAGGGCGCGCCCAUGGAUCUCACCGACCGACACUUCCAGCUCUCUGCGACAGACAGUUUCGGAUAUGACGUCUACAACACCGACCCCCUUUACAAGCACAUUCCGCUUCUGAUCAAGGCGACCCCGGCCGGGUGUGUUGCGAUCUUCUCCACGACACACGGCAGGGGAACCUGGUCUGUUGGAUCUGAGGUGGAUGGUCUCUGGGGCCAUUUCAAGGUAUACCGCCAGGACGUCGGCGGUCUAGAGCAGUACCUUAUUGUAGGCAAGACCCUGAAGGACGUCGUCAGGUCAUAUGCAGAGCUUGUCGGUUUCCCUCUGCUCGUACCCCGAUGGGCAUACGGGUAUAUCUCCGGAGGCUACAGAUACAGCGCAAUGGAUCACCCCCCAGCCCACCAGGCACUAAUGGACUUCGCGGACAAGCUCAAGGAGCACGACAUCCCCUGCUCUGCGCACCAAAUGAGCUCUGGCUACUCAAUCUCCGAAGCCGAGCCCAAGGUCCGCACGGUCUUCACCUGGAACCGGUACCGGUUCCCCGAUCCUGAGAAGUGGAUUGCGCAGUACCACUCUCGCGGUAUCCGUCUUUUGACCAACAUCAAGCCAUUCCUGCUGAGCUCACACCCGGACUACCAGAAGCUGAUUGACGGGGAUGGAUUCUUCAAAGACCCCGAAACCGGCGAGCCUGGAUACAUGCGUCUGUGGAGUGCAGGAGGCGGAACAGGCGGCGAUGGAUGCCACAUCGACUUCACCUCCGCGGCAGCCUUCAAGUGGUGGUACGACGGGGUGCAGUUCCUCAAGCGCUCUGGAAUCGACGGGAUGUGGAAUGACAAUAAUGAGUACACUCUGCCCAGCGACGACUGGCGGGUGGCGCUGGACGAGCCCACCGUCUCGGAAGCUGUCAAGAAGCAGGCCGAUGACAAGACUGUUGGUCUCUGGGGUCGUGCCAUGCACACAGAGCUCAUGGGCAAGGCGUCCCAUGAUGCUCUGAGGGACUUGGAGCCCAAUGUGCGCCCGUUUGUGCUGACUCGUAGUGCCACGGCUGGAACGAUGCGAUAUUCUGCUAGUACCUGGAGUGGUGAUAACGUCACCAGCUGGGAGAGCAUGAAGGGUGCCAAUGCGUUGUCUCUGAAUGCUGCUUUGUCUCUCCUUCAGUGCGAGGGCCACGACAUUGGCGGUUUCGAGGGCCCCCAACCAUCCCCCGAACUCCUCGUCCGCUGGGUCCAGCUAGGAACCUACUCCCCCCGAUUCGCAAUUAACUGCUUCAAGACCUCCCCGGCCAACAACGAAGUUGGCGACGUCAUCGAACCCUGGAUGUACCCCGAAGUAACCCCCCAAGUUCGCGCCACAAUCAAGCGCCGCUACGAAAUCCUGCCCUACAUCUACAACCUCGGUCUCGAGAGUCACUACUUCGCCUCCCCGCCGCAACGCUGGGUCGGCUGGGGCUACGAAUCCGACCCCGAAGUCUGGACCAAGACACUCAAGCGCGGCGAGGAGCAGUUCUGGUUCGGCGAGACGAUUCUCGUCGGCGGCGUCUAUGAGCCCGGCAUCAACGUCGCAAAGGUCUAUCUCCCACGGAAGACAGACGGACAAUUCGACUACGGGUUCGUGAACCUGAAUGCGCCGUACAGCUACUACGCGUCCGGGCAGUGGGUUGAAAUCGCGUCCGAGUGGAAAGAGAGCAUCCCCCUACUCGCGAAGAUCGGCGGCGCCAUCCCCGUCGGGAAAUCCGUGCAGACGCGCAUUCCAGGCGACGAGACUGCCGCGUCGGUGUCUGUUUCUGAACUGGAUGACUACCGCGGCGUCGAGAUCUUCCCGCCGCGCGCGAGCUCGCACGGUAAUGUCUUCUCGAUGACGUGGAUGGAGGACGAUGGGAUCUCGGUUCAGCCGAAGGUGUCGAAGUACACGAUUCGCUACGAGGCGACGGAUGAUCGGGUUAUUGUUGGCUUUAGCAAGGACGAGACGAGCGGAUUCGUUCCGGCGUGGAAGGAGCUGGAUAUUAUUCUGCAUAAUGGGGAUGAGAGGAGGGUGGUCUCGGAUGAUGGAAAGACGGUCGACUAUAAGGGCAAGGAUGGGCGUGGUCGUGAGGUUUAUACCCUCCGGUACUAG